CCAGCCCGACGAAAACGUUUCCCAGCGACACGACACGACACGACAACCGUCUUCCCAUCGCUUUUCGAGAGCCUGUUCGGAAAGCGACCUUGAGGAAUCCCAACUGCAAAAAUGGCUGACGUCGAAUACAACGCCGAGGAGGCUGCCGAGUUGAAGAAGCGCAGACAGUUCCGCAAGUUUACCUACCGUGGAAUUGACCUCGAUCAGCUCCUCGACCUCUCUUCUGAGCAGCUCCGCGAUGUCGUGCACGCCCGUGCUCGCCGCAGGUUCAACCGUGGCUUGAAGCGCAAGCCCAUGGGCUUGAUCAAGAAGCUCCGCAAGGCCAAGCAGGAGGCCAAGCCCAACGAGAAGCCCGACCUUGUCAAGACCCACCUCCGUGACAUGAUCAUUGUUCCUGAGAUGAUUGGAAGCGUCGUCGGUAUCUACUCCGGCAAGGAGUUCAACCAGGUUGAAAUUAAGCCUGAGAUGGUUGGACACUACCUUGCUGAGUUCUCCAUUUCUUACAAGCCCGUCAAGCACGGUAGACCUGGUAUCGGUGCCACCCACUCUUCCCGUUUCAUUCCUCUUAAGUAAACAAAAUACCUCUUUUUCCUCAUGUUACCUCUAUAUGUCAUGUAUUGCGUGGAGAGUUUGGGUGGAUAGAUAAGAUAGGUCCUGGGAAAUGGAAUGAAUUCGUCUCGUCUGCUCCUUUUUUCCUCCCCCAAAUUUUUUUCCUCUGUCAACCCAUGUAUGUUGCGAAACACGCCAUCACCACUCAGGGAAUGGUUCCAGCCUUGCUCCUGGUGUAGGAUACACGGACAGGACGAGACGAGAGGCCCAAGACAACCAUCAUCUUUUUUCUUCCCUGCCAUGUUCUUCCCCCUUAUUGAAUGAGGUAGUCCUGACCUUAAUGAUCACUAAAAAUCUGUCUUUUUAUUUUUCCUAUCAAACAGACGUUCGUAGAUAAUGCGGAACAUACUUUUGGGGAUGGAUAGAUGCAUCUAUGAUAUUGAAGUUGGCAAGUCCAUUAUUGACGACCU